UGAUGUUUGUUGCAACGGGAGACCAGCAACGGCAGGAAUCGCGGUGCUCUCUUGCAGCAGACGAUAGCGUGAAAAUACAUCUAUUUCGUAACGGUUAUUCAAAGAUUUUAUUUAGUGAUUUUUUUUUCUCCAACAUCUUUCGAACUCUGCGCCCCGGUGAGGGUCAUAAGCACAGCAUUGAUAGCGUGCUACAUGUCGGUAGGACUUCCUCUGAGUCAGUGAGUGAGUGCGGGGCUAGCCAGCUGUCAACCACCAUUUCUAUAACAAAUGAGCUCACACGUAGCUAGCAAUGCUAUCGUAGUAGUUGAUUUGUCAAGCUAAUUAUUGACAAAUAUAAUUUUUGCAAAGCAAAUUGUUUCAUAGUUAUACCCGCUUGUCUAUAGAGUUGUUCGGCCCUUGCCCUCAAAGAGGGGGGUCUUUCAAAUUAAAUUAGCUUGCUAACGUUAGCUAAGCUAGCUAAACCUGUUCUCGGCCUAUUGAUUUGUGUAGCUUGCUAGUUAGCUUAUUAGUUAGUUCCGAUUUUUUUUGUGUUAGAUAUAUUUGCCAGCUGUACGCAAUUGAAUCCCACAUUUUCAAUAUUGUGCUCUACCUCAUCCUCUUUCUCCCUUCUCCUGUCGCCUCCCUGAAGCUGGCGGGCCAUCAUCACAUCCUGCCUAACAGGCUGUUCAGGGGGCUCAGGCACUCGUUCAUUGUAGCACUAACUAUUCGCACCGCAAGUGCUGCGGGUCGGAAGAAUUUGGCAGUAGACUACAGUCAGCAACUCCUGGCGAAAGUCGCCCAAACCAAUGUUAAACUGUACUCUGAGAUAAUAAAGCCUGGAAUCUCCGAAAGUCUGUGCUUUGCCUUCCAAUUUCGCGCCAAGAGGACCGCUGUGCAAGGUGAACUUCAUCAACAACGAGCGCCCAAGCUCGCGAUGCCCGGUCCCGCGGCCAGUAGCAAAGCUCGGGUGUAUACCGAUGUCAACACGCAGAAGAGCAGGGAAUAUUGGGACUAUGAUGCACACGUGCCAAGCUGGAGCAAUCAAGACAACUAUCAAUUGGUCCGCAAAUUAGGAAGAGGCAAAUACAGUGAGGUAUUUGAGGCCAUCAACGUCAGUAACAAUGAGAAAGUGGUGGUAAAAAUCCUGAAGCCUGUCAAGAAGAAGAAGAUAAAGCGGGAGAUCAAAAUCCUUGAGAACCUGCGAGGGGGAACCAACAUUAUUCGAUUGGUUGACACGGUGAAGGAUCCUGUGUCCAGAACACCAGCGCUUGUCUUUGAGUGCAUCAAUAACACAGAUUUUAAGGAACUUUACCAGAAGCUCACAGACUUUGAUAUCCGUUUCUACAUGUAUGAGCUUCUCAAGGCUCUGGACUACUGCCACAGUAUGGGUAUCAUGCACAGGGAUGUGAAGCCACACAACGUGAUGAUCGACCAUCAGAUGAGAAAAUUGCGUCUCAUAGAUUGGGGACUAGCAGAAUUCUACCAUCCUGCUCAGGAAUACAAUGUCAGAGUGGCGUCCCGGUAUUUCAAAGGCCCAGAACUACUAGUGGACUAUCAGAUGUAUGACUACAGCUUGGACAUGUGGAGUCUAGGUUGCAUGUUGGCAAGCAUGAUCUUCCUGAAAGAGCCCUUUUUCCAUGGCCAAGACAACUAUGACCAGCUUGUCCGCAUUGCCAAGGUUUUGGGGACUGAUGAGCUGUUUGGUUACCUGCACAAGUACCACAUAGAACUGGACACCCGCUUUAAAGACCUGCUGGGACAGCAGACGAGGAAGCGCUGGGAGCAGUUUGUCCAGACGGAGAACCAGCACCUGGUGAGCCCAGAGGCCUUGGACCUGCUGGACAAGCUGCUGCGCUACGACCACCAGCAGAGGCUGACUGCUGCGGAGGCCAUGCAACACCCUUACUUCUAUCCCGUGCUGAAGGAACAAUCAAACUCCAACACAGAUGGCACAAAGGCAAUAAGUGGCUCCAAUGCAACAUGAUGAGCAGAGAGGAGGAAAACCUUUGUUACCUCAACUUGUGACCUUUUCGUGGCAGAAACCGCUGCCUCCAAGUCAACAGCCAUACUGGAGCGAUAUGUCAAUUAGCAACAUACAAACACAAACACACUUGGAUUCAAACCUUAUAUCUUCUUGCACAAUCCCCCAUAGCCCUUUGUGGCACUGCUUGGCCCAGUCACCAACAAAGUGCAUUGGACCCAAGCUUCGACGUGUGACUUCCAUUCUCGAACCCCCUCAACAUAUCCCAGUCCUGCCCCCUCCCCAUCUCAACCCCAGUUUUAAAAUGAGCAAAGUGACUGUUGUUGGAUCAGUAUAAAGCCAGUGUUGUGCUGUAAGAUAUGUGAGUCAGUAUGAAGCUGUGGUGACCUGAGAUUAUAUUCCAGGUAAUAGCACUGAGUGGCAUGGAGGCUCUUUUCUGCUAUGGAUAGAACAAAUACUAUAUUGAAAGAGAAUAAACCAUUUUUAUUUAAA